ACGCAACAUUGGGUUGACCCUGCGCUACCUCCCCAACCCGACGACUAUGGCCUACCGGACCACUGCCGACCGUCCCACGGCCGAGCGCUGGGACCGCGACCGGUUUGAGUACGAGAGAGACCGCGACCGCCACGGCGACGUGCGCGAGCGCUUCGAAGAGGAGGACGACCGCGUGUACGUGCGACGAAGGUCCCGGCCUCCACCACACCGAUUCCCCGACGACGGCAGCGACAACGAUGUCGUCAUCCGCGAGCGGGAGCGGUCGCGCGAGCGACGGAGGGUCGUUUACGACGACGACGAUGACGAUGUUGGCCGCGGUCCGCGACCGACCCGCCGGAGGCGGUCAUCACUCUCACCGCCCGAGUAUUGGCGCCGCCCCGUCUCGCCUCCUCCGCGAGAGGAGGUGGAGAGGUCGAGAGUGGUGAUCGAAAAGGAGCGAUACCGCAGCCCCUCACCGGAACCGCCGAGGUGGCCCGCCGCCCGGCUGAUCCGGCGGCAGUCGAGCCUGGAUACCUUCGAUCGGAAGCCGGCGAGGCGGUACUGGGAGCGGGAGCUGGACCGGGACGAGUACGGCCCUCCGGCAAGGAGGGACGAUUACCGUGUGCCCCCGCACGUGGACAUUCCGCUGCCGCGGGCCAAGGCGCUGACCCCGCCGCAGAGGUACGGCGAGAGGGACGAGAUUCACGUGGCCGGCCCACACCGGUACAGAGAAGACGACUUGCACGCUCAUCCGGAGAGGGUGCGGGAGACAGAAGUCAUCAGGACGCGGCGGAGGACGAGGAGCCGCGAUUCGAGGGGAGCGAGCCGGAGAGGGCGGUCCAGGUCGUCCUCCAGGUCCAGCAGCUCGUCGAGCGAGAGUCGCGGCACCAUCCGGACAUCGAGGAGCGAGUACCCCAAAAGGGGCAAGACGCGCAUACCGGCUCGGCUGGUGUCGAAGCGGGCGCUUAUCGAGCUAGGAUAUCCAUAUGUAGAGGAGGGCAAUGUGAUCAUUGUGCAAAAGGCGCUCGGCCAGCAGAAUAUUGACGACCUGUUGAAGCUCAGCGACAAGUACAAGAAGAGCGAACUCGAAAUCAUGGCCGCCCGCUCCAGCGCCGGCGACAUCAUCGAAGAACGCAUCGAGCAUCGGACCGAGGUCUACGAAGGCGCUGCUGCCCUGCCGCCGCCGCCGCCUCCCCCGGCCACCCAGGUCGUCACCGGCACAGUUUCUGGAAACGGACCAGUGAUCAUUGAAGCCAAUCCGCCACCUCACUACCAGCAACCCGAGGUUGUCAAGACGACCGUCAUCCGCGACGUCCGCGACGUUCGCGAUGUCUCGCCCAGCCGCUUCACCACGUCCUCGUACGACACAUCGUCGUCCUACGACACAUACACCACCAGCCGCACCAGCAGCCCGACGACCGUCGUGGCGCGCGAGGUGUCCAGCCACGUCCCCAUCGGGCCGGUCGCGCUGGCCGGGCGCCAUCGCCGCGACGCCUACGAGACGGAGGACCUGCGCUCCGAGAUCCGGCACCUCGAGAAACAGCUCGCGCGGCGGGAGCGCAGCCGGCACUCGCGCAGCCGGCACCGGAGCCGGAGCAGAGGCGAUCUGGUGCGCGCCGAGCGGCUGAGCACGGGCGAGCUGGUGCUGUACGAGGAGGAGGUGGAGAGGAUCCAGGAACCGGCCAGGGCGUCGGGACCGAGGAUCGAGAAGGACAAGAGAGGUAGGCUGUCUAUUAGCGUGCCGAGGUACCAGUAGUCUCCUGACGGUCCUCCGCCGAGGCUGAUGAAGGCCAUGUUGGCUACUCUGACCUGACAAGACCUUACUGCGGUCCUGCGAGCCUGGGCGCUCGUGCUGAAGAUGGUUUGAUGACGACACGAGAUGAAUUACGAUGAUGCCGUCGGGUUUCAGAUUGGAUAUGACAUGGCAGAUAUGAGUCAUGAAAUGAUUACGGCAUGUUUCCCCUUUUUUGUCUUGUCAGAAACAGCGAUACACGUACCCAGCCAAUGUCUUGUUUGGGUUGGGACUGUUUUCUCAAAGUCCGAGCGAUAUAGCAACACAAUUUUCGGAGCUCCGAGGAUACAACGGCGGCUGAUGCAGCCUUCCGGCUUCAUCUCGCCCGGGAUCCUCAACAAUCUUUCAAUUUAAGAGGUGAACGAUGAUGGGCUGCCAAUAUAUUCACCCGGAAUUUGUAAUC